AUGGCCACCCAGAUCCGCGAUACGCAGUUCGGUCACCUCGUACGCUUUCUAUCUAGAAAUAAAGUCUUCCGAUACCCUGAUGAAAUUGACCCUUCCCUAUGGAAAAGACCUUUACAAGGCGAUACAGAUCCAGCACCCAUACUACCGGCAGAGCAAGCUAACGAGACACAUGGUGUUGACAAGCAGAGUCCUAACACACCUCAUGUCGGUGAAAACGAUCAGGAAUUCAAUUUGAUAGACUGGUAUGGACCUGAUGACCCAGAGAACCCUCAAAACUGGUCCAGCAAGUGGAAGUUACUGGUCGCUUUCCUCAUGUGUAUACUCAACUUCUCAUUCUACAUUGCAAGCUCGAUAUACGUCCCCGGUAUACCCAGCAUCAUGGAAGACUUCGGCGUCAACGAAAUCGUGGCUACGCUAGGACUCUCCCUAUUCACGCUUGGUUACGGGCUAGGUCCCAUGCUCUGGUCUCCCAUGUCCGAAAUCCCCCAACUCGGCCGCAGCCCCCUUUAUUUCUGGACAUUCCUCACCUUCAUCUUGCUCCAGCUCCCUACAGGCUUUGCCGUCAACAUGCCCAUGUUCCUCGUCUUCCGCGUCCUGACCGGUUUUGUCGGCAGUCCGCCUCUAGCAACCGGCGGAGCCACUAUCAUAGAUAUGUACGAUCCAGGCAGCGCCGGAUACGGCAUUUGCAUAUUAUCCUCGUUCGGCGUCCUCGGUCCUGUAUUCGGCCCGGUAAUCGGGGGGUUUGCGGCGCCGGCGGAGGGCUGGCGGUGGACGAUUUGGAUAUUCACGUGGUUGUGCGCGUUGGUGGUGAUCCUGCUGUUCUUCUUGCUUCCUGAGACUAGCGCUGCGAAUAUCUUGUAUAGGAGGGCGAAGAGGCUGAGAAGCAUAACGGGUGAUUCUCGACUCAGGAGCCAGUCUGAGAUCGAUGCUGCUCGUCACAAGCUAAAAGACCAUCUGAUUGUUUUAGGUAGGGCUUUCACGCUGACUUUCUCUGAGCCUAUUGUUUUCUUCAUGGAUUUAUACUCGGCGCUUCUCUACGGGAUUUUAUUCCUGUGGUUCGAGUCGUUCCCUCUCGUGUUUGGAGAUAUUUAUGGGUUUAGCGCUGGGGCGCAAGGGUUGGCUUUCCUUGGGAUCUUCAUCGGCGCUCUUGUCACCGUGCCUCCAUUCUUGCUAUGGAUUAAACACGGCGUAAUUCCGAGAUUCAACAAGCCGUCUUUUAAGCCGGAAAUGGUACUCCCGCCAACAUUCGUCGGUGCCAUUUCCCUUCCGGUCUGCCUCUUCUGGUAUGGGUGGACGGCGCGGGAAAGCGUACACUGGAUCUUGCCUAUUAUAGGUUCUAGCUUGUUCACCGUCGGUGUGGUCACGCUAUUCAAUACGGUAUUCAACUACCUAGGGAUAUCAUACCCUGCGUACGUCGCGUCGAUAUUCGCAGGGAACGCACUAUUCCGAGCCUCGUUUGGAGCUUCAUUCCCUCUUUUUGCUCGAGAGCUCUUUCGCCAACUCGGUAUUGGCCCCGGUAAUUCACUCCUUGGCGGUAUUGCUAUCUGCUUCAUUCCUAUUCCUUUCAUCUUCUAUCGGUAUGGUGAAAAGAUUCGCCACAUGAGCAAGAAUGCUCGGCAUGAUAUCUGA